GAGGAGUGUGUGAGCGCGAUCCACAUCCGGACCGACUUGGCCCCCGAGGAGCUGCGCAAGCACGGAGACGACGCCCUUGCUGAAGCCGCUGUUGCAAGUGCUUCGUUCAAAGAGGGGUGUGGUGCUGUAGAUGCCCACACGUCCAAGAGUGGCUCCAGUGUUGCAGCUGCAGUAUGCAAAGGGUUCCUGAAGACUUUGAAGCGUAAAGAUCCUGGUAGGAUAAGGCGCAUGCUGAGACAAGUUGCAGCACGUAUCCGACACAGCAAACAGCGGGAACUGAUUCAGGAUUUGAGAUGGAAUGAAAAGAACGUUGCUAAAGCUUUAGCUCGGUGGAGUGCAGUUUUUGCUGUGGGGUCUACUUCUGCAGACCCCAGCCCUGAUGCUCCCAUGACAGAUCCCCUGGAGGACUCAGAGGAUGAAGAGUUGGUCGAAGAUGCUCCCAGUGGUGAUGGUCGAAAUGCCGUGUCCGGGAACUCGCUGAGAAGCUCCCUGGCUCACGACGGCAUAAGUUUUGAGAUUCCGCCCGGUAGAAAGUUGGCUAAAGAGAUUCAAGAGGGUCUGAAGAAGGCUCACUGCAACUUAGGUCAUCCUGGUAAGAAGGAUUUUCAGCGUUUUCUCAAGCUGGGAGGGGCUAAACAGGAAGUUGUUGAAGCUGUCGAAUGGAUGAGAUGUUUGUCAUGUGCGCACUCCACGAAACCUAAGACCCAUCGAGCUACCAACAUUCCUCCAUGUUCCAUUACUUUCGGAGAUGAGGUGCAUUUAGAUUGCAUUUGCGUGCAUGAUGGGGCCAUGGAGAGUCAUUGGUACUUGUCCAUCAUUGACCGUGCCACUAGCUAUCAUAUCCUUGAGCUCCUUAGAGACCACAGUCCUCUUGAACUCAACAAAGCUUUUGAUCGGGCCUGGUCGAAGUGGGCUGGACCUCCGAUACAGGUCUCGGUUGACUUUGAAGGCGGUUUCCGUGGGAAAGAGUUUUGGACACAGGUUUCUGAAGCGGGUACAUCACUCGUUUCGAUCGCCGGAACGGCGCACUGGCAAGCUGGAAAGGUUGAGCGUUGGCAGAGCGACACGGCUGGAAACCCCGUGGUUGUUAGUGCAAGUCGAUUCUCCCACUGUGGAACGAGUUUCGACAAUGCUGUUCUUGCAUAUGGCAAUGAGUUACGGCUGUGGAAGCGUUUUCCUUUUGGGACAUGGGAACGAGUUGCGGACAAGGCCUGUGGUGUUACGUACUGUGGUAAGGAAAUUCGUCUUAGGGAAGAGAAUGGCAAACGAAGCAUCACUCUGUCUCAAGAUGGUUUUAUCGCUGGCCGCUUGGAAGAAAUGGAGAUAGCUAAGGAGCGUAAAGGGAUGCCCCAGCUACAUGCCACUGAAGAGGAACGUGCUGAGUAUAGGUCCAUUGUUGGUAGUUUGCAGUGGAUUGCCACCCAGUCUAGGCCCGAUUUGAGUUUCGAAACCAAUCAGCUUCAGAAGAGAAUUGCUGAUUUGAGGGUAGGAGAUCUUGUUCGGGCUAAUAAAGCAGUUCGUGAAGCUAAGCAGCAUCGAAUGCAGCUCGUGUUCGAAGAUCUAGGGAAAGAUGCGCAGUUGGUGGUGUAUUCGGACGCGGGGCUGUACUCGAGCGUGGGGGUGGAAAUAUCCGAGAGAGAUGCUGACGACAUUUUGCAGGGCCCCACUGACAAGAAACUUGUGUACUCUCAAAAGGGAGGAGUUGUGGGGUUUGUUCGAUGGGGAUGCACCGAGGUAAAGGGAGAGCCUGGGCGCAUCAACAUUUUGGACUGGCGAAGCAGUACUAACAAGCGUGUCAUAGAAUCCAGCUUCGCUGCUGAAAACCACGCUGCACUUAUGGCGCUAGGCAUGGGCCACUUCUCCCAAGUCAUGACUAGUGAACUUAAGUUCGGUUCUGAAGUCAUCAGUAGCGUGGAAGAUGAUGGAUGGAAUGAUUUGGUGUCCAUGGUGUUGGUGACUGAUUGUAAGUCUAUUUACGAUACGGUUCAUAAGGAUGGGCAGCACAUCAGUGAUAAGUCCAGUGUCAUUCAAGCGGUGCUUCUCCGGCAGAUUUUAACUACGCGAGACACACCGGGUAAGACCCGCUUACUUUGGGUUCCCACCAGGCAUCAAAUAGCUGAUGGCCUGACAAAAGGGGGCCGGGCGAAAGAGCUCAGAGAGCAGUUUCGGUGUGGCGUAGUCUUUCGAGAGGAAGCGUGGUAA